AUGCUGUCUCACGCCGACCUCCUGGACGCCCGUCUCGGGAUGAAAGAUGCAGCUGAGCUGCUGGGACAUCGCGAGGCGGUGAAGUGUCGGCUGGGCGUAGGGGGCUCAGAUCCGGGGGGACACCCGGGAGACAUGGCUCCCAACUCGGACACGGUGGAAGGGACCACCCUGCUGCCGGGGGAGGACAUCACCACGGUGGGAUCCAACCCCAGCUCCCUAGCCGUCAGCGCCAAAGACGCCGAUAAGCAGCAAGGCCAGCAGGGCGGCCAGAACCCCAGCCAGACCGGGCAGCAGCAGGGUCAGCAGAAGCAGAAGCGGCACCGCACCCGCUUCACGCCGGCGCAGCUCAACGAGCUGGAGAGGAGCUUCGCCAAGACUCACUACCCGGACAUCUUCAUGCGGGAAGAGCUGGCCCUGCGCAUCGGCCUCACCGAGUCCCGGGUGCAGGUCUGGUUCCAGAACCGCCGGGCCAAGUGGAAGAAGCGCAAGAAGACCACGAACGUGUUCCGCGCCCCGGGCACGCUGCUGCCCACGCCGGGGCUGCCGCAGUUCCCCUCGGCGGCCGCCGCCGCCGCCGCCGCCAUGGGCGACAGCCUGUGCUCCUUCCACGCCAACGACACGCGCUGGGCCGCCGCCGCCAUGCCCGGCGUGUCGCAGCUGCCGCUGCCGCCGGCGCUGGGACGGCAGCAAGCCAUGGCGCAAUCCCUGUCCCAGUGCAGCCUGGCGGCCGGGCCACCCCCCAACUCCAUGGGGCUCUCCAACAGCCUGGCGGGCUCCAACGGCGCCGGGCUGCAAUCCCACCUCUACCAGCCCGCCUUCCCCGGAAUGGUGCCAGCCUCCCUGCCCGGCCCCAGCAACGUGACGGGCUCGCCCCAGCUCUGCAGCUCCCCGGACAGCAGCGACGUGUGGCGGGGAACCAGCAUCGCCUCCCUCCGCCGCAAAGCACUAGAGCACACAGUCUCCAUGAGUUUCACUUAAUGGCCGGCGCCUCGCCCCACGCCGUCCCCGCAGCCGCCUCGCCCCAAGCCGUCCCCGCAGCCGCCUCGCCCCGCGCCCCCGCCUUCUCCCACCCGACUUACCAGGGAGUCGACUCAGGAUCUGAAAUCAGACACCAACAGACUGGUUUGUGGGCCGAGAAACAUUCCCCGACCCUCCCCACACCCUUUCCGUCCCCGCGCAUUCCCCGCGCACUCCCGUGCCCCGCGGUCCGCCCCGCCCGGCGGCGGGACCACUCGCAGCCGCCCCGAGCGCGGCACUAUAUCCCUUCGUCGC